AUGGGGUUGAGGACUGAAAUUGAAUUCUUCUUUAACCAAGGCCCGUCAUGGCUGGUAUCCGCAAUCCCAGAUCCGGAAGACCCAGAUCCCCAACGUUACGCAAUCCUAUCCGUCUUACCGUUCUAUCUCUGUAAAGCCUUCAACAGAUUGAUAGAACGUGGAUUGCCCCGAGGCAGUCCAGCUAUCAUUGGCCCUGGGGAGCUAGAUGAGCUGCGCUCGAGGCCUGUUGUCUUAGAGACAGAGCUAGAAUGGGCCGCUAAAGUCCCAGCAUUGGUCGAGAGGCUUAUAUUACCGGGGCUGGACGGUGGUGAGCCCGCGAGAGAGACGUGGAGUGAACAAUUUCUGGCCAAGAAUAUUGUCUGCGAGGAGCCCCAUAUCCUCUUUGUUUAA